AUGAACAACGUCGGCAUGGCCAAUAUGAACGCCAUGGCCGGCCCGGUUGGUGCCCCCAUGGCCAUGCCCAUGAACAACGGCGCAAUGCCAAUUGGAGCACAGCAAAUGGCUCAGCAGCAGACACAAGCGCAUAGGACAAUGUUGAACACCUACAUCUACGACUACUUUGUCAAAGAGGGUUUGUAUGACGUCGCCCGUGCCAUGUUAAGCAGCGAACAACACAUCAAUGUCCUGCAAAAGGACAGCCCGCGACAAUCCAAUGGUGCUGGCGACGACCCUAUGGAUACCGAUAGCAAGGAUGAUCUCGACAAACGUCCUGCUGAUCUGCCCGCUGCCAACAUUCCUAUUUCGUCCGACUCUUGCUUUCUGUACGAGUGGUUUGGUAUGUUCUGGGAGAUGCUCAAUGGACAUCGGAAGCCCAAUGGCAACAACCAGGUGAAUUCGUACAUACAGCACACACAGCAACAAAAUCGGUUGAAGCAAAAUCAGCAACAAGAAAUGUUGCGACAGAUGCGCUCUGAUCAGAUGCAGUUCAACCCAGCUAUGAUGAGAAAUAUGCAAAACGGAAUCGGCCCCAUGGCACCGAACAAGAACAACCUUGCCAGGACAGCAAUGGCAAAUAACCAAAACAACCCGCAAGCUAUGGCUAUGAUGCAACAACAGGCCAAGCAGAAUCAGAUGCAACGCGAUCCCUCGGACAUGGAUGGGAACCGACGACCUGCAUCUCCCGGAUCAACGGACAACGCGCCUUCGCCGAGCAAGAGACCACGAUUAGAAGGCCAGGGUCCUCCUUUCAACCCGCAACAGGCAGGAGGCAUAAUGGCCAAUGGUCGGCCGCAACAGCAAGGGAUGCCAGGACAACAACAGGUGGGCACUGCGAAUAACCCUACACAAUUGGCGCGAGCACAAGCCGCGACCCAGCUAUUGCUCUCGCACAACAUCGAUCCGAAAUCGCUGACUCCUGACAAGUUCCAGAAUUUCGCGAACCAGCCCCAAAACGUCCAGAAGAGCUCCAUCGCCACCUACUCCCAGAACUUGCAGCAACACCAUGGCCAACAGAUGCCCAACAAGGCAAUGGGCCAGCCCGGCAAUCCUCAGGGUCAAGGUUCUCCCAUGAUGCAGCAGGGUCCGAACCCAGCCGAGAUCAGCACUCUGUAUAACGCCAACGACUUCGGAGGCAUGCGUCCCGGUCCUGCGAAUGGUCAAGGUGGAGGCAGUAACCAUGCCCUGCAAGACUAUCAGAUGCAGUUGAUGUUGCUCGAGCAGCAGAACAAGAAGCGACUGAUGAUGGCCCGCCAAGAACAAGACAGCAUGGGCAACAUCCCCCGAGCCGAUGGUCCCGCCGGUCCUGGUGGUCCUGGAGGUCCUCCGGGCCCCAACGGACAGGUCUUCCCCGAGUCGUCACCCCAGGGAGCUCGUCCUGGCGCAUCUCCCAAUCCGAGUGAACAGCAGAUGAAGCGAGGCACCCCGCAAAUGAACCCCGCUGGUAUUCCUUCGCCGCUGCCGGCUGACGGAGCGCAAUCACGUGGAUCGCCGAACCCCAUGGCAUUCAUGCCAGGCGCCAACAUGGACCCCAACUUGGCAGGUGGCCCACAGUUCAUGAACGGCAUGAACGGCCAGAUGGUGAACGCCCAGCAGAUGAAUGGAGGUAUGCGACCUCCAAGUUCCCACCCGGGUCAGCCCUUCAACGGCCAGGUCAACCCUCAACAGAUGAUGGCCGCCAGGCAGGCUCAGGGUGGUCAAGCAGGUCCCAACCAGAUGCAAUGGCAAGGUGGACCCAAUGGUGCCAUGAUGACCCAAGGUCCUCAAGGUCAGGUGCAAGGAACACCACAGCAGCGUAAUGCUCAGAUGCCGCCACCUUCCGCACCCGCACCCGGUGGUCCAGCAAAUGGUCGGACUCAACCCUCGUCCCCAGCGACCAGCAACGCUGCUCCUCCUACACCCCAACAAUCUAACAAGAGUGCCCCCAAGAAGAAGGCCACCAAGGAUACCAAAAAGGCUGCCGGAAAGAAGUCCAACGCAAAUACAGGUGCAACACCAGCAGAAUCUUCACAAGAGCAAGAGGUGCCUGCGCCUGCGACACCAAUCACUCCCGCCCAGCCCGGAUUUGGAAAGAACGGACCGAAUGCAGGAGCGCAGCCGGUGCCUGCCACACAAACGACUGCACCUCCUGCUCCAGCCCCUGUCGCUCCGCAGGCUCAACCGGAUCCUUCCGCGGGUUUUGGCAUGGACAAUACUGGUGCAAUGGGCAUGGAAUUCAGCAAUCUGGAUUUUGCCAACCCGAUCGACUCUAACAACGUCCUUCAGGAUUUUGAUUUCGAUUCUUUCCUCCAUGAUGGCGACGGUGGUGGAGAUGCUUUCGACUUCACCAACACAUUCGACAUGCAAGGCGGCGAGAUCGCGACCGAGUAG